AUGGGCACAAGUACCGACAAAACCAGCAGCAAGAAGACGGCCAAGUCCGCAGGAAAGACGUCCGCCAAGAGCUCUAAGGGUACUGGCUCUGGGUCUAUCAAUAAGGCCCAAGAAAACAUCGUGAUCACAUUGGGUAAACUCAAGGCAAUUGGAAUGGUACAACCGAAGAAAACCGAAGUGCAGAUCUUUUCUGGCAACUCCAAGACUAAAGCUGGGUAUGAAAAGAAUCUCGGGACCCUGCGCAAGCUGGGCUACAUUGAAUACCUGAGUGGCUCGAUGGUGAAGCUAGCCGAAAAGGGAAUCCGGUUUGUUGGCGUGGUAGACCCUUCGUCCAUCACGAAUGAGUCCGUUCACAACGACAUGAAGGAGAUGCUGGUUCCCAAAGCUCGAGAGAUCUUCGAUGUACUUGCUGAUGGGAAGGUUCACAAUCGCCGGGAGGUUGCCGAACACCUCAACUAUGACAUGACCAAGUUGUCUGGAUACGAAAAGAACAUUUCCAAGAUGAAAACGCUUGGCUUUGUGGAAUAUCAUUCCAAAACGACGUUCGCGUUGACUGAUCGAUGCUUUCCCCUGGGACGACCCAAGAAUUGA